AUGCAGAACAUAGAUUCUCGAUUAGAAUCAUUCAAAGCGAUCACCAAACCCAAAUCAAAGGUCAAACCGGCAUUCCCAUUAAAGGCAUCGACACAUCCUAAUCUGACACCUGAUGCGUUAUCCAAAGCUGGCUUUUAUCACACGCCAGGACCAUCAACUGAAUCAUAUGACAACUGUAAAUGUUUCCUUUGCAAUGUCGAACUAGGUGGAUGGGAUGAGGAUGAUGAUCCUUUCAAAGAACAUGCAAGAAGAGGUAAUUGUGCCUGGGCUGAAAUGGUUUGUACUGUUAAAAUCGAGAAAAGAAAAAGAGAUCAAAGUGAUGGUUCAUACACAACAACAUAUACAACGCAGGAAUCAUUACCUCAGUCAGUAGAUUCAGCUUUCGUAAGAGAACAAACAUUCAAGAAAUGGUGGCCACAUAAACAAAAGGCUGGCUGGUUACCAACCGUGAAAAACCUUGCUCGAGCUGGAUUCGUCUAUUCUCCUUCUGUAACAUCGAAAGACGCUGUCAUGUGCCCUUAUUGCGAAUAUGGUGUGGAGGGAUGGGAAGCUACUGAUGAUCCAUGGCAAAUACAUCAGGCUAAAGUACCUGAUUGUCAUUUUUUCCGAGCUCAGUUGGAAGGAGGCGGACCCAGUGAACAGAAAGUGGUGAAGGCUCCGUCACGAGGAAAGAAGUCCGAGUUGCCCAAGAGAUCUACACGCGCGAACACCGUCGCCUUAUCUGUCGUAUCUGACGCGGAAGAGGAAGCUCACCAAUCAGCAGAGUUACCUUUGGAAGUAGAAGACUCUAUAAUAGUUUCGCAGAGUACUACCAAGUCGCGAAGCACUAAACCCCGAGCUACUACAUCAAGAAGGAAGACUACUGCUCGAGGCAAGAAGAAAGAAGAUGCUGCCGAGCCAGAACCCGAGUCGGAAUCUGCAGUCGAGCCGGAUGUGAUAGAGAUUGCCGAUGACACCAUAAGAUCCAUAUCCCAAUCUCAAGUACCACAAGAAGAAGAACCUGUGAUAGGAGCGAAAGAUAUUAAAGGCAAGGCCAAAAAGGCAACUAAAGCUAAACCUAGAGCUACUACCGCUAAGGGUAAAGGAAAGAAAAAGGCUGAAGAAGUAUACACUGCAGAUGAGGUCAUACCGGUAGAAUCAGAAGUCGAAGUUGGAUCUGGGACUGAGAAUGAAGGACAAAUGGAUUGCGAUGUUGAAGUCGAAUCAGAGCCUGUUCGAAACCCUCCUUCAAAGCUGUCAUCCAAAACUGCUUCAUCACAAAGUAAAUCAUCAAAAUCAAGUAAAUCAUCUUCUUCGAAACCAUUACCACCUUUACCUCCGCCGGCAAGUCCAACACCUUCAGCUAGACCUUUAUCCCAAUUAGACCGAUUCGCGAAUAUACCGCCGUCUUCACCUAUUCCUACACCAAGAUCGAAAUCUACUCUACGCUCGACUCAACCCACCAAACCAUCACCGCAUUCGAACUUGCCUCGAGAGGUAUUCGAGACGUCACUCAUGAGAGGUGCAAUCGAAGCUAGAAAGGUCAUAGAGGACUUAAUCUCUUCACCAGUAGCACAUACACCUGGUAACGGUCAAGCGCAAACGACAGUGAAGAAUGGAAAUAGAGUAGAGGACAGGAACAGUAUAGUGAAAUUAACUGAAGAACAAAAGAAAAUGACUUUAGAAGAUUUAGUAAGGUUUGAAAUGAAGAAGAGAUUUCAAGAAAUGCAAAAAGAAGGCGAAGAAAUGAUUGCUAAAUGGGAAGAAAAGACUCAAGGUGAGAGAAAGAGAAUUGAAGCGAUAUGA